UUCCUCCUAUUGGCUCUUUAUCUUUUCUUUUAUAUUUUCUUUCCACCAUUAGACUCAUUAUCCGGGCAAUCUCCCUCUCCUUCUUGCAUAUCCCGGCAGCUAGGCCUGAAUUUGUUCUGGAUCACUUGCUUUUGGACUAUUGGAUGUUUCCAGCUCUUAGAACAUUCACUAAUCUCUAGCUUUAUGCUUCCUUACUUGUCGGGAAUAUGUAUAUUGCGCAGUCGGAUCGUUUCUUUAAUGCUCUGAAGGGUCAUGGAACUCUUUGUCGUCUAGUCAUUCUCCCCUAUGAGAGCCAUGGCUAUGCCGCAAGAGAGAGCAUCCGGCAUGUUCUCUGGGAAACAAACAAGUGGCUACAAAAGCAUUGUGUACCAAACACUACUGACGGAACUGCUGAUCUUGACACUUGCAAAGAUGGUGCAACCAAAGAAGCUGCUGACUCUGAAGGAAAAGCAUCUGUGCCCAGCGGUGGUGGCAGCCCGGAGCUGGAUCAGUCUAAUCAAAAGCCAAGGUCAUUAAUGUGGUAAUCAACCACCUACCCUAAUUUUCUUGGAAGCGUGCUAAUGGAUGAUGAUUCCUGCAUCCAAAUUCCAAUUUCGUACUUGGCAAUUAACUUUGUUGGAACUUUUGUAAUGUUUUGCAGAUUGAAUUGCUGAAACUCACCUUUUUUAUGGCUUGUAUUUGGAGCGACAAUACGAAAACGACCGCAUGUGCUCAAAAGCCUAACGGAAAUAAGUUUUCAUUAUUUCGGGUAAUUUCAUGAUUAAGGGUGUUAUAUACCAUUGUACCGCAAAUUAUCAUUUUCUGACAUUCUCACAGUGAAGGGAAGGGAUCAGGGGAAUCACAAAUCUCUAGGCAAUCCGUGACGCGGGAGACCGCUUUGAUUGUCCAUUCUUAACUAAUAAGCAGCCGUUACAAUU